UAAGAAACGUGUGCUGAAGUUUCAUGUUUCAGAGAAAUGCAUUUCAAAAGAGACGCCUCUAGCUGUAUGACAACGACUGCGUAGUAACCUGUGGAUUUUAAACAUCAGAAUGUACAAACCGUGGGCAACUGUGAAUAUUUUCAUAGUUUCUUUUCUGCAUUUGCUGCAAGGAUCUGAGUAUGAGAAUGGAUCUGUGAAGAGGACAUCUCUGUCAGCACUGGAGCGGUCAGAGCAGCAGAUCAGGAGAGCAUCCAGCCUGGAAGAGCUGCUUCGAAUCACUCAUUCUGAGGACUGGAAGCUGUGGAAAUGCAGGCUAAAACUCAAAAGUCUGGCCAAUUUAGACUCCCGCUCUGCAUCACAUCGCUCCACCAGGUUUGCUGCUGCUUUCUAUGACAUCGAUACACUGAAAGUCAUAGAUGAGGAAUGGCAAAAGACUCAGUGUGUGCCAAGGGAAACCUGUGUGGAAGUUGCCAAAGAGCUGGGUACGACAACCAACAAAUUCUUCAAGCCUCCCUGUGUGAACGUGUUCAGAUGUGGAGGCUGCUGCAAUGAGGAGAGUCUGAGCUGCAUGAACACGAGUACAACUUACGUGUCAAAAACGCUCUUUGAGAUCUCGGUUCCCUUGACAAGUGUUCCAGAGCCUGUGCCAAUCAAAAUUGCCAAUCACACUGGCUGUAAGUGUUUAUCAAAUACCCAGCGUCAUCAGUACACCAUCAUACGAAGAUCUGUCCAGUACCCAGAAGAAGAUGGUUGUCCCUUUGCCAACAAACUUUGCCAUAAUGGAUGGAUCUGGGAUAGUGACAAAUGUGAAUGUGUUGUAGAUGUACAGCAUCACAACAGACGGGAAGGACUCCCUCCUCUUGCUGAACUGGCUAUGUGUGGACAACAUAUGGAAUUUGAUGAAGAAAAUUGUGAAUGCAUCUGUAGACAGAAGUGUCCCACAGACUUCUUUCAAAGUAAAGAGAACUGCAGCUGCUAUUUGUGUAGGGAGAGCCAGGAAAGCUGUGCUCAGAAACACAAGAUAUUUCAUGCUGAAACCUGCAGCUGUGAGGACAAAUGUCCAUCCCAACCCAGAACAUGCCCCACUGCAAAACCAACGUGUGCCAGGCAUUGUCGUUGUCCGAAGGAGAAGAGAGGUUCUCAUGGGUCUCAAAGCAAAGAAAAUCCUUGA